AGCAAAACAGGUUUUUUUUUUGCAGCGUGUAGUCCCUGUGGUCGCGCUGACCGUGCUACGUUACUAAUAUACUGCCUGGAGUGUCGCUUGUCUCAAAACACUAGCGCCUCGCAUCGCUCGGUGCGCCAGGGCCCGUAACAGGGCCGUCGCCGCCUCAGCCCAAAGCGCCAGCGAGCGCCGCGCGCCCUCUUAAACACAAAAAAACAACAGCCAAUAAGAUGUACUGCGCCAUCUCCGGCGAGGUCCCCCAGCAACCCGUCGUGAGCCGGAAGACCGGCCACCUGUUCGAGAGACGUUUAAUCGAAAAGGCACUCCAAGCGUCUGAGAACCGGUGCCCCGUGACCGGAGAAGAAUUAAAACCGGAAGACCUGCUCCCGGUCGCCUGCGACCUGGCCCAGAGGCCAAGACCGCUCUCGGCCACAUCUUUACCAGCUAUGCUCGCGAUGUUCCAGAACGAGUGGGACGACUUGGUCGUCGAAAGCCACGCGACACGAAAGCAAUUGCACGCGACGCGGCGAGAACUCUCCCACGCUUUAUACCAGCACGACGCCGCUUGUAGAGUCAUAGCGAGAUUAACGAAAGAGCGUGAUGAUGCAUUGGCACUGGCUAGAUCAGGUCAAGGAGUAGUAGUCACGCAGCAGGUCGACCAGGCCGCCUUGGAGCAGGCCUACGCUUGUCUGCAAGACUACUGGAAGGCGACGUCGAAGACGCGAAAGAAGAGAAAAGCUCCCGCGCAAUUGGCAUCCGCAUCUCAAAUCAAGACCUGGUCUCCGCAAAAGCCCGCCAAGGUCCUCGGAAGCGCGUCGGGUCUGGCCCACGACGUCAAGUCCGGCUCCACAUUAGUCUGGGGCCCGCAGGGCAUUGCCUACUGCUCUUCGGCGAAAAAACCUUUGGUCGUGGACAAACCGACCUCAGGCGCCUGCUUCCUGCCCCAAGGGUUACUAACGUGUGGUGACAACAUCACUAUUUAUUCAUCAAGUAUGGAGGAGCAAGGGACCAUUCAAGGCACGUACCAAAGUGUCGACGCGCACAACACCGGUAAAUAUGCCGUGGCCCUCAAAGCUACGGGUGCCUGGUCCCUGAUCUCGUUGGAAGCCAAAACGGUACUGGCUGAAAGUUCGGUCGACCCCGGAGACGCGGCGACCUCUUCCAUCAAAUUUCACCCUGAUGGGAUGAUCGUGGCUGCUGCAAUUUCGACGAAUGGUGCUCACAGAGUGAAAGUCUGGGAGGUGAAGGACCAGAAGCCCGUGCACGCCUUCGACGGGCACUCGGCACCCAUAUCAUCUGUCGCUUUCUCGGAGAACGGCUACCACCUCGCGUCGUGUGACGAAGGGGGUACGGUGAAGCUCUGGGACCUGCGGAAGCUCAAAGAACUGAAAAGCUUCCAGGUUGACGGUGCGGGUGCUUCCGUGGCGUUCGAUUCUUCGGGCAAGUACUUAGUCGUGAGUACCACUACUAAUGUGGUCGUGCGCGAGGUCAAGCCCUGGUCUGACCUAGUGUCGGUCGAAACGAGUUCAAUUGGUGCGUGCUUCCUCACGGACGCGCAGGGCGUCGUGGCCGUGGACGGGGGCGGCGGGCUGGUAUCGAUCGGCAAGUAGGUCUGGGGGAUCUAAGACACACACCAUU